AUGAAUGUGACAUCUCCACCAAUAGCUCCAUCGCCAUCAACCGAACAGAUUCUGCCACAGCUACGUGAAAUACUUUACGCUCCACUCAACGAGGCCCCGAUCGCCGUCACGGCGCACUCAGUCGUCUACCGCACAUUUUCGCAUCUUUAUCGUGGGAUGGUUGCAAUCAAAAUUAUAAAUAAAAAAGGACUUCCGCCUGCCAUAGCAGAUAAGUUUCUACCACGAGAACUAGAUAUCACUAUUAAGGUGAGGCAUCCACAUAUUUCACGUUGCCUCUCCGUUAUGACACCCUCUCCGACAAAAAUCGUGAUUGUCUCGGAGUUCUAUGAAAAAGGCACACUCCUCGAGCUGAUCCUUAAAGAAAAGCGAAUAAAAGAAGCACCACAAGGAGUGCGUAUGUUCCGUCAACUCAUGGAAGCUGUCCACUACUUGCACGAAAGAAAUAUUGUUCAUCGGGAUAUAAAACUCGAGAACAUUUUGCUGGAUUCAAACGGCGACGUGAAGUUGGCAGAUUUUGGAUUCGCAAGGUCGCGAUCAUUUUGUGGAACGAGGCCUUACUUGGCUCCUCAGGUUACUGUUUACAAACCCUACGACUCCUACGCAGCAGACUGGUACGCUCUUGGCAUCGUUCUUUACACGAUGCUCAUCGGGAAAUGGCCAAAGGACAAUCUACCCAACUCAUCACGAACUACUUUCGUCUCAUUUCCUGAUUCGAUACCUUCACCGCCAUGCAGAAGACUUAUCGCUUCAUUACUGGAACCGGUACGAUAA